GCAUCUUUGCUGCUUGCCAGCCAGGCUGCCGUCAACAACCUGCCAGAAAAUGUAUUCAACGUCCCCCUAACGCGUAUCAUGAAUCUGGAAUACUACGGCAUGGAAUUCAAAGUCGGCAAUCCUCCCCAGCGAUCGUUUCUUAAGAUCGAUACCGGCAGCCCCACGAUCGGCUUCAUUUCGCCGCGCAGCAACAUGUGCCUGCGACCAGAGGCUCCGUGCGAUCCCUUGGGAACGUACGACAACCUCACCUCAUCGACAGCAGUAGUGGCGUUUCCAGGCAGUUAUCCCAAUUACAGCGAUGGCCUGCUUGACAAUGGCCAAGGCAUCUUUGUCAACGACACGCUUCGAUUCGCAGGCGUUGACGCUGAUGACUUUCUCAUUGGCUCGACCGAUAGCUUCAAUCUCGCUGUUCGGCUGUCGCAGUCCAAUCCAUUUGCAGGCAUCAUGGGAUUGAGUGCCAUGUGCUUCACUGGACCCAAGUGCGACGUCUACCCAAGUUUGGUUCAGCAACUUUCAGAUCGCGGCAUUUUAAAGACUCGUGCGUUUAGCAUCUACCUCGGCCCAGACGAACCGGACGCGCCUGGCCAUCUUCUCCUGGGCGGCGUGGACGAAGCCAAGCGAGACGGGCCUGUCUUUACACAGAAGCUAGAUUCGCCAUGGGACGUUGAGUAUUCGUCCUUUACGCUUGACAAAGCUGGGGAGAAGACGGUAUGGCCCAUAGAUCCCGGAAACACAGUCACUUGGGACACGGGCGCGGCCUAUUUCGGUCUGCCGACAGCCGUAUUCAACGCUGUUGCUGCUGUUCUGGGACUCCCUGCAAACGUCACGUCGACACAAGAUCCAUACGAGGUAGACUGCAAGCACCGUGAUAUUGUUGACACAGUCCUUGAAGUCGGAUUUCCAGGCAACGGAAUCAUCAAAAUACCCGUCGGUCGCCUAGUCACCACGCUUGACUCGGGCAAAUGUGUCACUUAUGCGCUGAAUGGAGCUGGCGGCUCUGGAGAGGCAGACACCGCAACGAACUUUGGAGCGCCAUUCCUCCGUAAUGUUUAUGCAACAUACAACUUGGACACUCUGGAGCUGACUUAUAGUCAGGUGAAGUAUACAGAUGAGGAGCGGAUUGUGGCAAUU